CUAUGGAAAUCCACCGACGGACCACGUGUUUCCCCCACUUCCGCUCGACCCCGUGGCUUCUUUAAGUUGUACAAUCGUUGAAUCGGAGUUUAAAUCGAAACUUUUAACAGUCUGUCGAUCGUGUCCGUCAUCAUGUCAGUGCUGUCUGUGGUUGAACAGGCGAUCAAGUCCUGCAAAGCGGAACAAACCAGGAUCCAUGACAGUAUUCAACUCUACAGGGGAUUAUUACACAGCUUAGCACCACAUCACACGUCAAGCUUUGAGGAGUCAGAACAUUCCGAUGCUGCAGCUACAGACACAGAUACCUCACCAGGGGAGAAGGAAGAGAUAGAACUGCUUGAGCGAGCUCUAGAGAAAGCUCUUCGAAUCCGCACCAGCUCAGGAGCCUCUGUAAAGGACCCAGACGGACACAAGCCAGCUCGGCCUCUAAAAGAUGUAGCGGGGUCAUCUGCGUUGUUUAAAGGAGGUCGCACAACCGUCAGACCGACCUCUAAAUUGGCCAGUCUCGACAGAAAAGAACACAAAAAACCUGGAUCAUCAGUAUCCUCCACACAAGGCUCCAGGCCCUCAGCGUGCAUCGAUCCUGGAAAGACAACAAUCAAGCCAAACCACAGGAGCACAAUCCAGAAGCAUCCUGUCUCGUCAGCUGAGGUUCUGCAUCACCGGGCAGCGAGGAAAUUGCAGCAGGCUGCUUCAGCCUCGGGCGGUCGCAUCGCAACCUCGCACUCUAAAAACAGGACUAUUAAAAGCAGCGUGCUGAGUGGUGGUGACCCGGGCAAAGCGGCAGCUAUCUCCGCACCUCCUUCAAAUAACACACUGCCUUUUCCACACACACACGAGGCCGCGGCUCAUGGUUUGCCUCGACGCGACGGAAAAACGUCAGAGCAGAACACAAAAUGGAAAUCUUUAAGGAACAAGCAAAACAGGUUGUGGGACAAAGUUGUUGCCCUACAGAGGAAUCCUGCGCCUGGGAGGAGUCACUUCAUGGAGAGAAUGAGAGAUACGUUCCCCGAGGAUUCGCCGUGUGGCAGCACCGAUCAGACCGGGGCCCCGGCUGACAAGCUGACUCAUCGAGGGCUCCACCUCACACAUCACUGCCGGACGAAUGAGCUCCUGGCCAAACCAACCCCAGAAGCCACCGUAGUAAACGAGUUGGAAACACGGGAUCGAUGGAGGCCGGAGGGAGGUUGUCUCCCCCUGACAAUAACCUACACCACGGAGGCAGAGCUGCGAGAGGUGGAGAAGCUGAGGAUGCGGGUGGCACUGCUGCAGCAGGAGCUGAGCCUUGAGCAGGCUCUGUCAGACACUCUGUCCCCUCAGCUCGUAUCUAUAGCACCAGGGCCUGGAUGUCCCAGCGCCAGUGUGCUGAGAGACAUGUACUCCCUGCUGGGUGAAGGAGGGGAGCGUUUCCCUGCUACAGUCCUGGACUGUGACCCUGACUGACCACAGAACAUACUGUAAUACACUGAGUUACCAGUUCAUGAGGUACUCUGUCCAUUCACAUUUAUGUCCACAAGAGACGUAAAAUAUUAUACAAACCUCUUAGUAUAAUACAGGCCAGUGCAGUACAAGUUGGGUCAUGCCACUCUGAGGCUGUCAAUAAAACUAGAACAUAGCACAUGUAUAGAUCACAUCUUGUUUUUCAUAUCGUAUCAUAUUUAUACUUCACUAAAAUAGGAUUAAUUUCAGAACCGGUAUUUAGUUUGCUUUAGAAUAUGGGAAUUAAAUAAUGUGUGUCAUUAUUGUCAAGAAAUGUAAUUUGUCGUGACUAUUUAUUCAGUGUCUCAUUCUAACUAAUAACUUGAAUGUCUGAAGACUCUAAUAGUUUAUAAUAUUUCCUUGUCUGACUGUGAAGUAGUGAGCGUACAAUUAUGUCACUGUCCUAUUAAAAUCAUGUACAUAUCUCCAGAAGUUGAGUUGAGCUAAAAAGAAAACCCCUGGUCUCAGUAUUAUGUAUUCAACUGGUUUGUUUAGCCAGAGAUAAGAUAAUGUUUUCAGCUCGUAAACAUUGAGCCCUUUCAUUUAUCUGAAAUAUUCCAAAUCUUCAACUUUUUUUUUAAACUUUAGGUUAAGUAAAAAUACAUAAUCUCCUCUGGACACAGACAGCCAUUGCCAGCAGGGGGCAGUCAACUGACAGAGGAGGUCACACAGGCAGGUGACUGAUAUCAACCACUUCGAUAGAAAUUAAUUAAUGAAUUCUCAGUUGAUCCAAGGCAGACCUGCACCUCACCAUAUGAUAUAUUUGAUUUCCAUGCUGGGCUCUUUCAAUCUGGCAUACGUGACUGAUAAGAUGGUACAUAUGGGGCCUGCACUACAUCCCUGUGAUGUGUGAAAAUUGGAAGUCAUGUGAUGUGCGGGUGGAUGUGAGAUGCUGCAGGGCUGGGAGAGGUUGAAACGACUCGUGCCCACAGAUGACGUGUGGAUGGCACGGAUUUGUGCCAGACUGGGCAACAGGUGGCGCUGGGUUCACACAGCAGGACGUGGGUGUUGGAGCCCUGCUGCACCAGCCUUCAUGUGCACACACACAAAACCAGGGACACGCACACCGAAAGCUGUUGGACUCACAAAGACAAUGUGCUCCGGGGCCUGGCUCUCUGCAUGCUGCAAGCUGGAAAUGACCUGUUUCCCUGAGGGGAGGAAUAAAAAACAGAUUAUAAAAAAAAGAAGGCUAUUCCAGCCUGACAUUGUCUGUGCCUCAAACAGCAGGAGGACAAUAAUUCAAACAACGGCUCCAGGCUUAACUGUGUCUUUGCAAGGCCUCCAGUAUAUCAAUGCUGUUUCACCAUUGGUGGGUUGCAGCCAAUUGGUCUCUGCAGGACUGUAUGUCCCUGCAGUCUUGGAUCAGUGUGUGUGUGAGCAGAGUAAACGAGGCAGGGAUGCAUCCUAGAGAUCACGUCAACACUACACACAGGUUCCAGAGGGAGUUGCGCCUACGCAACUCAGCCUUCCUGUGACCUGCAUGCAUCAGCCUCUGCCUGGCUCUGGCUGUCACCAACAGAGCCUUUCCCCUCCCAUCCCCGUGGCCUGGCCCUGCCCAGGUUACCCAUGUCUCACGCCUCUGUCCCAUUAUUCCCACGCCUUUGUUUUGUCAUCGAGGCAGUUUGGCAGAAAUUCUACUUUCCGUGGGAGACUCUUCGAUUUCGCUUCCCUGACAGUGCUGCUGUAUGUCUAACACACUCUCACACAGGGAUCAUCCACAAUGGAAACACUCUGCUUUCUCAUACACAGACCUUCCUGCUUUCAUUUACCACAACACUGGACUCCAAGUCCAAGUAUAAAACCACAGAAACUGAACAGUGCCUCCAAGAAUCCACUUCUCUCACGUCUAGUGUGCUCUAACAUGUCUUUUCUCUUGGUUCAAACCUUCACAAACACAUUCCUCGUUUUUCCCUCUUCUGCUCAUCUACAGCUCUGUUACUGACUGAGCUACAGCAGAGAUCCUAGAGUCAGUGUGGUCAUCAGUUAGACUGCGGUUUGGCUUUAUUAUUUCACCCCACCACCACUCAGCCGCUCUAAGCCAGCUUCCUCUGUCAAGUUGUCUUUUCUGAGAAGGCAAAGUCUUCACUAAAGAGCACUUGUCCUGUUCCGACGGAGGCAUGUUAGGCAUUUAAAUGAGAACACUAGUUAGGUCUUGAAAUGGUAAUGUGGGCCUUGUGGCCAUUAUAGAGGACCAGUCCUUUCACUUUAUCAUUAGGGAAGUAACCUGUUGCCAAAAAUGAAGUCAUGUCAGUGUUUUAUAAAUUCUAACAAUCUUUUAAAACCCAAAACUACUCCGCCUCACAUCAUCAUAAUUUUCCAUAUACGAAUAAGCUUUGAGAAAAGGAAGUGUUGCCAUAGUAAAUCUGCUAAUGCCUGCAGAUAAAAACUGACAUUCAGCUGUGUGCACACCUUUAUAUUUCCCCGGCGUGUCUUUUCAGAUGUAGAGGAGUAAGAUUAGUGAGUUCAGGGAGAGCGAGCUUUCAUGAUUGAUUUUCUUCGAUCCCACCGGGGGAUUAACUUGGUCGCCUUCCAUUCAGAAAGGACUGGCCCCAGCAGUGUGGGUGGGAAAA